ACCUCUGGUCCCCAAUCAUUUUGACACGUACAAUAUUCCCACUGUCAAAAAGAUAUGCUCCUGAUUACCAAUGAUGCUGUACGAUACACCAACCCCAAAUUGAUAACUAAACUUGUCUUGUACCAUGUGCUUCAAACUGAAGGGGGAAAAUAACAGUUAAAAAGUGGCACCCAAAAAGUGUAUGUAGAAAAAGCAUACUGAAAAAUUAUAAGUUCUAAAGGUGCAUUCGCAGGAGGAGAAAAUGAGUGGUAUUAUGGACAUUGUUGAAUUGCUUAGCCCCUUUGUUGAGACUAAAGCUUGGGACUAUGUUGUUGUUUGGAAAUAUGGAAAUGACCCAACUAGUUUUAUUGAGUGGAUGGGCUGUUGCUGCUGUGGAGGGAACAUUGAGAAGGUGAAGAUGAAAGAGGAAAUGGCUGAAAAAUAUAACAUGGCUCCCAUUUGUAGGGAUACCCUCUUUCCCCAUCCAGUUAGAACAAAGACUUGUGAGGCUCUUGCAAAGCUUCCUUUUGCAAUGUCUCUUUAUUCUAGUGUUCAUGGAGAGGUUGCAAUUUCACAGCAACCAAGAUGGCUUAUCCAAGAGGACUCAAUUGGAACUCAAGUUUUGAUCCCUAUUUUGGGUGGUCUUGUGGAGCUCUUCACAGAAAAGCCGAUCCCAAGAGAUAUAAACAUCGUAGAGUUCAUAUCGGCAUUUUGUUGUGUCUCUAUCAAGCAAGAAGCCAUGUCUGCACAGAGCUACACCAACAUGAACUUCAAUGAGCAUUAUUACCCUUUAACUCCCGGUCUAUCUGCAGAAAACCAUAGCAGCUCUAAUCCUAGCAUUGAAGGACCCUCCAAUGGAUCUAAUCCUUCAAUAGAACACUUAUUAUUUGAUUCAAAGUUUGAAUGCUUGGUUCCACAUGAAUGUCUGAAUCAACCAGUUGAAAUAUCUCCUAUAUCAAAAGUUAAAAGCCAAGGAUACAACAAGACUUUGAGUUUCCAUUAUGGAAAUGGCGAAGAAGAUAAAGAAGAAUCUGCUAAGGAGCCUCAAAAGGAAAUGUAUCAUGCUAAAAAUCUUAUCACAGAGAGGAAUAGGAGGAACAGAAUUAAAAAGGGGCUUUUUAUUCUAAGGUCUCUAGUCCCUAAUAUAACCAAGAUGGAUAGAGCAGCAAUUCUUGAUGAUGCAAUUGAAUACAUAAAGGAAUUGCAGAGGCAGAAGAUAGAACUUCAAGAAAAGGUUGAUGUUUUAGAUGUUGAGGAUUGUAAAAAGAACACACUACAAAUGAGUGUGCAAGGAGACAAGGAACAACCACUCAGUGAGCUUAAUCAAAGUUCUUCUUAUUCCAUUAGAAAGACAGAGAUGGAGUUGCAAGUAGAAGUGAAUCAUGUUGGUGAAACAAGUCUCAUGAUCAAGUUGUGUUGUGAAAUGAAGCGAGGUGGGUUUUCAAAGUUGAUGGAAGCUAUAGAUUCAUUUGGACUGCAUGUGGUAAAUGCAAACAUGACCACAAUUAAUGGCAAAGUCCUGAUCAUUCUAAUGGUUGAGGCAACUCCCCAGGAUAUUCACUCGACAAAACUCAGAGAGUAUUUGAUACAGCAAACAAGUUGAUGAUAGACAAAGCAGUGAAGAAGUUCGGGAAAAUGGUGGCGUAGUUAUCUUCUUAAACUCGCCGGCUAACAACUUGGUUACUUUACUAUCUGUAAAGAAACAAUACUCCAGCACUUCACAGAAAAAAUAAGACUGGUAGAACCAUGAAUUGAUAUUUCUUGGAUAUAGGAACAUCAAUUGACUAACUUCUAACAAAGAUUAUGCUCCAAAGCUUUAUUGUAUAACCGGUAAUCAAUGAUCUUUACUUGCUUGUGCCCUGA